AUGCUGAGCUUGCUAGGGGGUUUAAUUCGAGGGAAGUCCAGAGAGUCACGCGCGACCCUCCAACAGGCAAAACAGGCUGAUCCAUUUGCGGAUAUUAAAGUCGACCUGUACUUGGUAAAGGGGGAAAACUGUGAGGAGGUGCUCUCUGAAGCCGCAGUUUUCCUCUUGUCUGAUGGAUUCUUGUUCGUGGGAACCCUCGCACAGAGUGAAGGCGGAGUCUCUCAGGAGGUGCUCCCCUUCCUCAGGAGCAGGGAGAGGGGCAUGCAGGAAGCUCUGGAGUUCAAAUACGAAGUCGUGGAGAGGUUCAGACAGCACAAACCAGACAUGUGCCAGUGGGCUAUCGAAUCCGAGAUCGACAGGGAAGUCGAAUUCGGACUGGUCUUUCCAUCCGAAUCUUCCACCGCUUCCUUCAGUCGACACUUGGUGCACCGCCUCUGCUCCCAGGUGUACAUGCAGGUCUGCACCUCGCCGUGCAUGCUGAGUGAGUAUGAUCGUCUUGGAUCUUUUUGGAGAGACAGCACUGAAGGGCCCGCUACGGCGGAAAUAAGGGAAAAACCAAACUGCGCCGAGGCGUAUCUCCUAGUGUACAGCAGCAACAGCAACAACAGCAACAGCAACAGCAGCAGGAGCAGCAACGGGGGGGAAGUUGAUGGAGGCAGAGGUGGCGCAGAGAGGGGCAAAACACGAAGCAGCAGUAGCAGCAGUCGGCGCUUGUCUGCUGAAUCCUCCGUAGACACAACCGCUGCUGCUGCUCCUGCUGCUGCUGCUGCUCCUGCUGCUGCUGCUCCUGCUGCUGCAGCAGAGGAAGCCGGUGAAGAUGCCCAUCCCUCCGCAGCGGAGGAAGCACUGACAGCGCCAGACCCCGACCAAUUACCUUUCUGCUUCAUUCGGAUAUGCCACGACGAGUUUGUUGUACCUCUGCCGGAUCAAGGCGAGCUUCAGUGGUGGGGAUCUUCUCCCGAUGGCGAGAAGCGUCUCUACCGCAUCCAGUUCUGCGAAGAAGCUGGACUUGCCGCAACAGCAGCAGACGGAGCAGCAGCUAAUAAGCAGCAGCAGGAGCACCCGGCGAAGAAGGAAGCUCCAGGAGAUAGGGGAAAGCGAUUUCUAGACCUCUACGCCGUGACUUUGGCAGAAGUGAGCAGCAAGUGCCGCUUCUCCGUCGAGAUAGACCUAGACAAGCGGAUCGGAUAUCUCGGGAAGUUUGAUGUAUCCCCUGGGGACGACGAGAGAGAAGGGAUGCAGAUUGACGACGCCGAAAGCGAUCCUUCAGACGAUGAGGACCAGUUCCCAAUCGUAAUUCGAGACCCCACAAAGUAA